UUCUGCUCAGGCUUCUGCAGGGGCAGCUAAGCAGGACCUACGGAUCUUGUGUCAGAUGGAUUCAUUCCAGUCGCUCUCACUUGCUGCCACAGCAGAUUUGUGCAACAGGGAGCUGGAGUUGAACCGUCUCUGUGCAUGAAAACACUCUGCAAACAUGGCUGGUAAAAUUCAGAGUCUGACUGAGGAGGAGAGGAACCACCUACUCCCCCUGCUACGCAACGCUCAGUGGGUGGAGGUCGGGGGACGGGAUGCCAUUUAUAAAGAGUUUAUUUUUAAAGACUUCAAUCAGGCUUUUGGCUUCAUGUCCAGAGUGGCUUUACAAGCAGAAAAGAUGGACCAUCAUCCUGAAUGGUUCAAUGUCUAUAAUAAGGUCCAGAUCACUCUCAGCACACAUGACUGUGGGGGGCUGUCCCAGCGAGACAUCACUAUGGCCACCUUCAUUGACCAGGCUUCCUUGAUGUGAGCAACACGCAUCAGCCAUUUCAACAGUGGAAACUGAAGUUCCUUAAAGUCGCAUCAGUUCACUGAGAAAGUCAGAGGAUCUGACCUGCGAAUCCAAAGAAUAUGAACCAGUGUGUUUCAAUGAAUUGUGAAUUCCGUAGCUGGAGGUGUUAGACUGCAAAGGGUCCAAUGUGAUUUUUAAAAUGUGUUUCUGGUUUUGCACUUGGUGAAUAAAUGAGAUUAUUAGCCAAAGGUAAAAUAAUUAUUUACAAGUCUAAAUCAUUUAGUAAUUUUUCAGCAACCAUUCCAGUUAUUCCAGAUAACAUUGACACGUGUCCCUCUGUCACAACUGGUGUUUUUAUGUGCCAAUGCUUUUGUACUGUACUGUUGGUAAAAGUAAUUUUCUGUCAAAGUGUGUGUGUGUGUGUUUUCGUGUGUGUUUUCAAGACUGAUGUAAGGAUGUAUUCGAUUGUGUUUCUUUGUCUCCCCUCUGCGUGCUUGAGGGACCAGUGGAUUAA